GGAGCUCACCUCAAUCAACGCAACAAACUUUCACGCUGGACGGCCCUUUUCCAUUCUUUUUUCUUCUCCUUUCGCUCUCUUGAAUACAGCAACUGGUUUUUGCCGUACUAUUUAAUUUUAUCUCCACCGACAUAAUGGCGUCCCACAAGUAUGAGACCGUGCAGCUCAAGACGGAAGAGCACGACCACGACCACAGCUCAAGGUCCAGCACAGAGGUCGAGUCGCUGAUGGGCGAGGAGGAGAAGUCGUCAUGGCAGACACAACAGAUGCAGAGGAGGUCCAAGAGGCAGUCGCUGCGCAGCAUCCUCAGCUCUUCGCGGUGGAUGCUGGACACAACGUUGCUCAUCAUCAUUCUCGUCUUGUUGGUCCGGAACCAGAUGAAGGAGCCGCCUAUAGACCAGUGGCAGGUCGUCGGCGAUAUGACGGGUGUCGGACCAAGCUUUAACCAGAAGCUGACACGGUUUGAAUACGACACAUCGUAUGCGCCGAUGAACACAUCCGAGUUCUUCACCGAUGAGGUUCUACAGAAGUGGAACAAUCUCAUGCCUAUUGGCAUGGGCUUCCAAUGGGUCAAUGACACCUACAAGUACAACAACCUCCCCCACCCCAUCCAGUGGUACGAGGGCAUGACCGUCUUCACAACGUCCGUGACGCAUCAAAUUCACUGCCUGUUCACCAUUGCCCAGACAUACUCAGGCCUGUCCUCAGGCCACCCUAUCCCAGAGGACCACCACUGGCACAUGAUCCACUGCAUCGCCUACAUGCGCCAGGCAGUGCUGUGCGCCGCCGACACCGCCCUCGAGGGCAAAGCCACCACCUUCCCGGAUGACAACUCGGGGAGCGACGGCUGGGACGCUACGCACGUGUGCAAGGACUAUGAUCAGGUCAAGUCGUACCUGGAGAGCGUGCGUGCGUAUGACGAC